AUGCCCAGUCGACGCAAACCCCCAGGAACCAUCCGCAAACAUGUCACAACGGCGUGCAUUCCAUGUCGAGACGGAAAAGUCAAGUGUGACGGCGCAAGACCAAUUUGUCAAUACUGCUCUAGUAAAGGUCGACUAUGUCGCUACAAGCAAAGCAACGACAAGCGUAAAGUGCAGGUGAGAGUGGCGGUCGGGUUGCUCGCGCGACGAGUCGAUGCCUUGGCGCAGUAUAUCCAGGAUUCAGGGCUACCUGUUCCAAAAAUCGAAGAACAUGAUUACCUUGCUUUAAAGAGUAUCAUCGAAGCGCUUGAGGUGGCAUGUGAUGACUUGGAUGCGAAUCCGGAGCGCGGGAAUACGGUUAAGAUGGUGCUGGAUGAUGGGAUUGAUGGAGAUGAAAGGGUGAAAGCGCCUUCCCUAUCGGCAAGAGAGGAGCAAUUAGGGAGGAUACAUGGAGAGACGUUGGAUAAUUAUCCUCCGCGGCCACCGAAGACAAACAAUGGAAAGGGCACCUACCUCCAGAAGGAUAAGCGUAUAGCACCGUUCGACAAACAACCAGCACUACCGGGAGCUCGCGAGGACCCCAGGAUUCCCAACCAAGACGAUGACCUAGAUGAGGAAAGCGACGACGAAGUGACAGACCAGCUCUCAUGCCGACUCGGAAGACUCCAAUUCACCCAUGACGGUCAACUACGCUAUUUUGGAUCCACCUCAAACCUAACAUUACUGGAUGCCUUGGUGGACAUCACACCCCCGAUCCCCGUACACAAAGAUGCUUCAGAGCUGCUUGAGAAUGCAGGUCUCGACAAGGAGAUUGACGAGAUAUUUGAAAGACAUCUUCUCGAGCUUUUCUUUGCCUGGCAGGAUCCAUGCCUUCACGUCGUCGACGCGGACACCUUCUGGCGUUCGCGAGCGCAGAGCAAAUACGAAGAUAUAGCGACGCCUUAUUACUCGCCCACAUUGUUACAUGCGAUGUGUGCGCUCGGUGCUGCGUACGAGCCGAGAUAUCAUCCCGAUUUCGUGACAUUCCCGAGGUCAUUAGCUGAGUUUUUUGGCGACCGGGCCAAGAUCUUAUUGGAACUAGAGUUGGAAAGCCCAUCUAUCGCAACGAUCCAAGGACUGGUGAUACUGAGCAACCAUGAAGCACUGUGUACGAGAGACACGAGAGGAUGGCUGUAUAGCGGAAUGGCGAUGCGAUUGACCCUCGACCUGGGAUUACAUCUCGAUAUGGAUUCAUAUGUUGAAAGAGGAAUCAUUCCAUUUCAAGACGCCGAACUACGCCGUAGAAUUUUCUGGGGUGUUUAUUUGAAUGAGCAAUUCUGGGGAUUUUAUCUAGGCCGCUCUGCGCAGAGUCGCAUGGAUAUUGUGACGGUCCGAAGACCUCCGCCACAAAACACAUUGGCCACGAUGAAAUGGAAAGCAUACCCCGAUAAAAAUAUGAGCAGCUUGCCCGUUGCUGCGAAUAUGUUGUCCAAGGAAUGGGUCUCACUAUAUGAAACAAUGCUUCAUUUGACAGAUGUGCUAUAUGGUUGUAUCGAAAUAUCCAAGCAUGCGCUGCAAGAGCUGACAUUCGCCACCGUUGAGAGGCUAAAAACAUGGAAAGAGACUCUCCCUGAGGAGCUAAGAAUCGACCAGAACUAUGGACAGGGCGUCCGGCAACCUUUACCACACACCCUUACUCUCCACAUGCAAUAUCACCAAUUCAUGAUCCACUGCCAUCGCCCCUACAUAUCCAGACAUUACAUCCAACCGCAACCGCCACAGGGCCCGGGCCCCGAACACGCACGAAAAAUGUGCAUCGAGUCUGCCGUAUCGAUUGUCGAAGUCCUCAAUAAGUACGAGCGAGCCUACAGUUUCCAGAAAGCCAACGUACAAAUAAUCUCAUUCAUUUUUUCCGCGGCACUUAUCCUCAUCUUCACUACCGUCCCUACGAAAGCUCGACCGCGCAACCAACAGCUCGUAACCCACCUGAGCACGUGUUUCCGCGCACUCGACGAAAUGGGUUGUUGUUUCGAGAACGCACGACGAACGAGCACCUUCCUAGGUACUCUGCAGCGACAAUGGCAAAGCCGUCGGCAAGACCGGAUGACGAGGGACAGGAGUAUAGUGGGAAAGCACGGGGUUGAUCAUGGCUCUGGUGCAAUUGUGUCGCAAUCAAUGGGCUGGCAUGUCAACGGCACACAGGGACAUUUUGGUUCUCAGCCGAUCUCUUUCACGAAUCAAGGGAUCACACCUGUCUUGGGAGCCGGAGUCGAUGGCUGCGGGCCUGAGCAUGAGUGUUCACCUAUUGCGGAUGCCCCGUCGUCGAAUGUUGAUUUCAUGGAUCCUGAUUUGUGUAAUGUCCUUUUGAGUGAGGGCAUACCACGGGCUUUCAUUUGA